CGACAAUCGUCACUGCUAUUGUUGCAUUUGUCGACAAGUCGUACUAAGCGAGAUACACAUUGAAAUCGAUAUCGACACCGUCGCCAACACCCCGCACGCUAAAGAAUAAAAGUACAGACACAAAUACGAUCAAAAAGAAGAGCAUUGUAGAAUAAAGAUCACGCCACAACAACGAAACGAAACGAAACGAAACGUUAGAAUAGAAAGAAAAAGAAAAAAUACAAACAGCAUGGCGUUUUCCGCAGCGGACCUUCAGAACUCGUUUGGGAAUUACUCCUUCCGGGGUUCCUCCUCAUCGAACGCACACAUGCACGAGGAUCACCAGCAGAUAGUGGUAGCCCCCCAUCAAGGAUCUCUGUGCCGAGUCGAGGGGCGGGACGAAACUACCUACGUUCUCGAAAUUCUUCUCGGAAACGACGAAUCGGCAUUUUCCGAAUCGGAAGAAUCCUCUCCGUCCACCCACGAACUCGUCUUCCUGCGCAAAGACUUCGAAUUUUCCCUCCGGCUCUUCCACAUCAUGGACACUGAGUCCUCUGGUCUCAUUGUCAAGGCAACAGUGGAAGAAUUCAUGGCGCUCCGCUGCCCGGUGUUCUGGAGACGCGACGAAGACCUGCAACACGGAGGUAGGGCCACCGAUUCGUCCGUCAAUCGUGGUGGAACCCCUAGCUCUCCCACCUUUGAAGAGGUGUGGAACGCCGUCGUAUGCUGUAGCACCUCACAAUGUGCUCCGGACGGGGGAGAACCUAUGCUCGGUGUGGAGGGCUGGAUGGUCUUUUGCCGCUUCAUUGCGCUAGCCCAGUACCUCGAGGCCAAGCGGAGGUUCUCCGGCCGGCACUUGCAGCAGACCAUGCGGCACCGCAACGCCCCCCGCGGCAGUGAGCUCGUUGUUGUCAACGUGCCACCCGUAGCGCCACCGAUCCGGCUGACCGCGCGAGAGCUGGCAAAAUACGAGCGGGAUACCCAGACCCGCCUUCCCCUUCCGGAGCUCGAUCUGGACCACUCGCUCCUGGCAGCCCACGACGUCCUCCGGCGAAGGCGAAAACAAACGCAUGGGGAGUAUGCGGUGGGGGACCGCGUCAAAAUCGAGCUCUUUGGGCAGUCUCCCCUCCUGUUGUCUUCGAACGCGUCGUCGUCUUCGUCGAAAGGCCUCGAGUUUUGCCUUACCCUCCUGCGAAGCCGCGACCGGCGAGAGGGAAUGAUCCUGGAGGACGAAGCAACCACCGUCCGUCGGUCAGUGACGGACAUCAAGUGGCUCCAUGACACAUUUGUUUCUCACAAGGCUCUGGGCGGCACUUUGUGUGGGAGAAUCCUGCCCCCCUUUCCCGGGAACCAACUGGAAGAUGAGACGUCUGUCUUUCCCACCACGACCGGAGGGGCCAUCGCUGCGGCGACCCAUGCCGGAAAAGAAUUCGCCCACGCUGGGGUUGGGAUUGCAGCAGCUGGGGUGGGAAUGCUGACGGAGGGCUUUCGGUCGCUCUGGAGCGGCUACGGAUCGACCGCGGACGGCUUGUUGCUUUCGUCGUCGACGUCAUCAAAAAAGCACCCCACAGAAUCCUCUCUGUCGAAAACCAAAAGCAACCCGGCUUCAAUACGGAACACGAUGAAGACCUAUUACAACCCAAAUUCACCCAUUGGGAAAGCCCGACACCUGGAACGGUAUCUGAACUACCUCUUGGAGCACCCCGCGCUGUCAACAUCGUUCCCCCUGAAUACAAUAUUGAAGGUACGAAAAACCAAAAAUACAAGCCAAAACGGUAGGAAUCCAGUUUCUCAAAAUUAUCCAACCCGCUUCGCCAUUUCUUUGUUCUAACCUUUUUGUCGUGUGCUCUAUCAAUUUUCAAAACAGGCGAGCCAAUCGGGACUCGAUGCCGCAAAACAAUCCCUGGAGGAGCACACCCGGGCCGCGAGGGAGAUCAACGAGCAGACGCCAAAGAUGGACGACGGAAAAACUUCUACGUUCUGGAGUCUUCAGGGGCAGGGGGGUUCCAUGCCUCCCAACCUCACAUGGGUCCGGACCGCGGCUCAGGCAGCGGUCGCACUCCAGCUCCACGGGGUACUAGAAACCACGGGCCUAUCCUCUGCGAGUGCCCGUCUACAACACGCAUCGCUGCCGACCUUUAACAACUCGAGAAACCCUGGGUGGGCCGACGAAACAGAAACGGAUCGCAACCUUGCCAGGAACAACUCGGACGAGAAUCCGGAGCAAAUGGAAGGGGAUUCUUUCGAAGAAGGCGUCCUGCACGUCGGAGAUGAGUUGGCAUCAAGCAAAGAUGACGACAAUUGCAUCGUGGACCAGGAAGACGGCGAUGGAUACGACCUUCUGCCGCUACCGGUACCCGCACCCGAGAGGCAGAUACUGAACGUGGGAGAAUCUACCAAGAGGCAGCAUUCCACCGGUUCGAAAAAGGAAGCCCGUUUUCGCUACGGUGCGCCCCCCAUCCAGGAAGGUCUCGUGGUGGACGGAACGGAAGACGACCAUAGGGUCUACCUGGGGGAAAUGGCCAUUGACGAAAACAUCGACAAGCUCCGCGAGGUCAUUGGAUCCGUGGACAAUACCCUGUCAAGGUGCUCGGCGAGUAGCUGUGGCAUAGAACGGUCGCGAAGGGAGCGCUUUGCUCUGAACCUCGACAUUUUGCGGGGCCUGGAUUCCUGGGAGGGUCUGAGGGGGAAAUUCGUGUCCCAGCGGGCUCUCCUUAAGGGGCUCUCUGGAAUGGAGCAAAGCAGGGAGGUGUUUGAAGAAAGCGAUCUAACGCUAAUUGAUGGUACGCCGGCUUUUAGCGGUUUGUGUUAGGUAGUAUAGACAUCGUUCCUUGCUUGUUUGGAAUAUCUCAUGUUCAUUGUUUUUGUUUCCUUGCAGAUGUUUCAUGGCAGUCGGCGCUGGCUCAUUCGGCGGUUUCCGCAGCGGAGGACGUCCGCUCUACGGUUCGGGCAGCUCGGACGGGAAGCAACGCCAAACUCGCGGCGGUAAAGGCGGCCCACGCGGCAAAAUCUCUGUGCGAGAAGGGAAAAUUUGCGAAUGUUCACGAAGCCCGGGCCGCCCAGACAAGGGCAUCGAUCGCGCAGAGCCACGCCAUUCACGCUGCAGUAGUGGAGCACGAAGCAAAAACAGUAAAGCGGAGGGCGACACUAGCGCUGGCGCACGACGUCAAGUGCUGGAACGUUCACCGAAAACGUGAGGUCCUGAAGAUUUGUCUCGAUUAUGCGAAGUCCCAGCACGAGGGCACUCGACGAGCGGUGGACGCCUGGUCUUGUCUCCGAGACGGAUACGUAGGCUCCACCAUCAUCCCCUCCACACAACACUGGAAAGCGUCGACCAUCCCUGAGCGCAACCCCGUAAGCGAAGAGCCAGAGGUGAAAACUACCAUAUACAACCAUGGUGGUAGUACCGGGGAAGGCCGGAAAUCGAUCGUCGCCGUAGAACACAGAAAUCUGAAACUGCCAAUCGAAUCUCUUGCAUCGAAGAAGGAGCCCAAAAAAAUUGAGGACACUGACUCUUCGUCUAAAAAGGAGGAACCUGAUCAAAUUGUCUCCCUAGCAUUUGCAACGCCAAUUCCAGAGGAAACUGAAGAAAUACCCGACGACGGCGACAAAUUAAGCCUCGCUCCAGGUGGUAUUAUAUUGCAACCUUCGGAGGUAGAUUCCAAUACCGAUCACGAACAAAGCGAAGACGAUCAAAGCAGGAAAUCUACAUUGGUAAUACAAUCUUCAGCCUCCUCUGAUAGGGAAUCGAGCGAAGAAACGGCGUAUGAAACUGAGAACAACGAAGCGCUUACAAACUCGAUGCAGAGCCUCGUGGACGGACUUAUGAAUUGGGGCGGAAUCGAUGUGGAAGACAACUUUGCUCUUCCGACGGGAAUGGCAGCAAGCAUCGCUCUCGAGGAGAGCAUUGCUUUUGGGAAUAGUCCAUGAGAAACACCGUUCUCUGGCACGUAGCUGCUUUUCUUAGAUUCAAAAUGUUUAAUUUAAUCUAGUAUUAAGU